GGCCGGGCCGGGCCGGGCCGGGCGCCCACCCUCCCGGGGCGCGCCGCCUGCGGGAGGUCGCCGCUGCCCGGGGCUCCGAAGGGGCGGCGCGGGGCGCGGGCAGGUGUGCGAGCGGGGGGGGCUGCGCGCCGGUGCCUCGCCCCCUGCCGUGAGACUCUUCCUCACGGGCGCCUCCCCGGCUCGGGGCUCGGUCUUCGCCGGACCCUCAGUAAGAGCCUCCGAGUUCCGUGGCCCUGCGCUCUUAGGCGGUGCCCAGGGAGCCUCGUACCGUUGCGGUGUUAGGGCACGUAGCCCGCAGAAGUGCUUAUGCUGUCAUGUCUACUGUACGUCGCCUGUCCCGUUUUCCCCCCCUCCACUUCCAUGCAUCGGGCACAGCUGGCCUACCGUCUGCCUCGUACAGCUCGGACGAUGGAGCAGUGGUUUUCUUUGUGCCUUGUCUGCGCAGAUAGCUUACGAAUUAGUUGGGUUUCCAAGGCUUGUAAGGUGUGAUGAGAUGAGGAAUGUCAUGCUUUUAAACAAGAGAUAAACCAUCUCAAUAGAGAGAGCCAGACCGAACAAUGGAUUGAUGGAGGUGUGCAGCAAAAUGGGUUGAGUGAGUGCAGCACUAACUUACUCUGCUUUGAUUUUGCCCUGUCUCCACUUAAGCUUCAAAGGGAAGAAAUCCAUGUGUAAAUGGGUUUAAGUUGGCAGCAAAGAGUAGACAACCUCUGUUGGAAUUCUGCUUUCAUCAUGUUGUCUUACCUGUGCUGGCUGAGCUGAAACUUCUGGCUUCCUGGGGAGAGCAUGUAUAAAAGGAAUGACUUCAUGGCCAAUGUGAUGGUCACCUCUGCCACUCCAGAGGGUAGUAGCAGCUCAGAUUCUCUGGAAGGGCGAAGUUCAGAUUAUGCCAAUAAAAGCUAUGACGCAGUUGUAUUUGAUGUAUUGAAAGUAACUCCUGAGGAGUUUGCUAGCCAAAUUACAUUAAUGGAUAUGCCAGUAUUUAAAGCUAUACAGCCUGAGGAGUUGGCCAGCUGUGGGUGGAAUAAGAAAGAAAAACAUAUCCUCGCUCCAAAUAUCGUUGCCUUCACUAGGAGGUUUAACCAGGUCAGUUUUUGGGUUGUACGAGAAAUAUUAACAACACAGACCUUAAAAAUAAGGGCAGAAAUACUGAGCCAUUUUGUGAAAAUUGCUAAAAAGCUUCUAGACCUCAAUAACCUUCAUUCUCUUAUGUCUGUGGUGUCAGCACUGCAAAGUGCACCUAUCUUCAGACUGACCAAAACCUGGGCUCUUUUGAAUCGCAAAGACAAGGCCACCUUUGAGAAGUUAGACUAUUUACUGUCUAAAGAAGAUAAUUAUAAAAGAACACGGGAGUACAUCAGAAGCCUAAAAAUGGUUCCUACUAUUCCAUAUUUAGGAAUUUAUCUCUUGGACUUAAUCUACAUUGAUUCUGCAUAUCCUGCUUCAGGCAGCAUUAUGGAGAAUGAACAAAGGUCCAAUCAAAUGAACAAUAUUCUCCGAAUAAUAGCUGAUCUACAAGUCUCCUGUAACUAUGAUCAUCUCACAACACUGCCCCAUGUGCAAAAGUAUUUGAAGUCUGUCCGUUACAUAGAAGAACUUCAGAAAUUUGUAGAAGAUGACAAUUAUAAAUUAUCAUUAAGAAUUGAGCCAGGUAACAGCUCCCCUCGACUGGUUUCCUCUAAAGAAGAUCUUGCAGGUCCAUCUGAAGUGUCAGCAAUUAUGAAAUUCAGCAGGAGACCAACAUGUCCUGAUGCCUCAGUAGCAGCAAGUCUACCUACACCUCCUGUACCAAGGCACAGGAAGAGUCACAGCCUGGGAAACAACAUGAUGUGUCAGUUCAGUGUAGUGGAGAGCAAAAGUGCCACCUUCCCGACGGAGAAGCCACGCCACCUUCUGGAUGACAGUGUCCUGGAGUCGCACAGUCCAGCCCGCAGCCAUGCACUGAAUUCAAUUUUCCCCAAUGGCGUUUCCAUAGAUAGCAGUGAAAGCUCAGAAUUUAGUGAGGAGCUGUCAUCAGGGCUUGAAAGGGGUCGUUUGUACGCCACACUUGGGCCUAACUGGAGGGUACCCAUCCGGAAUUCUCCCAGGAGUCGAAGCUGUGUCUACAGCCCAACAGGGGCCUGCAGCUACACGUUAGGUAGUUCUACAGGAGUCAUUUCCAUGGAAGGGCCAUUAAGGAGAAAAACACUGCUCAAAGAAGGCAAGAAACCGACUCUCUCCUCAUGGACUAGAUACUGGGUUAUGCUUUCAGGAUCAACUCUUCUGUAUUUCGGAGCAAAAUCUUUACGAGGCACUGAAAGAAAACAUUAUAAAUCUACACCUGGUAAAAAAGUUUCCAUUGUGGGCUGGAUGGUGGCACUGCCUGAUGACCCUGAACAUCCUGAUAUUUUCCAGCUAAAUAACCCUGAUAAAGGCAAUGUUUACAAAUUCCAGACUGGUUCAAGGUUUCAUGCAAUAUUAUGGCAUAAGCAUUUGGAUGAUGCAUGCAAAAGCAACAAGCCUCAGGUACCUGCUAAUCUAAUGUCAUUUGAAUAAUUUGCUCUCUUACCUGCUGUGACUUCAAGUGCCAAACUGAAGAAACAGGUUAUUCUCUAAGGAGGAAGAGGAGAAAAGAAUGGUUUUUCUGAUGUGAGCCAUCCACAGCUGUUUCAGCACUUUCCUAUGUAACUUGAGAGUGAUUCUGAAACAUCUUCUAAAAGCAGAAAAUGAAUGUUGUCCUUAGGACCAGACAUAGUCUCAUGCACUGAGUGAAAGAAAACAAGUUAGAUGGACAGAAAGUUAAUCCUGACUCCUGCAGGAUUCUAGAGCACUCAUUUUCUUGUGGUCACAGACUGUCCCUGUACUGAUGUUCGACCACAAACUGAGCAUCAUAUCUUCUGCCUAUCUUUUUUUAAACUGUUAUUUUUAUUGUUAAGCUGCUUUGUGUGACUGAAGAACAUUUGGCCCAUGUUGGGUUUCAAUUCUUUCUAAUGCACAGAAUGAUUGACAGUGUUAACUUGCUGCAGAGUGUCAAUUAGAAUAGAAAAUUGUGGAACAACAUUUUUAUAACCUAAGUGCACUGAGUUGCUUGGCAAUGUGGCUGCCUCAGAUUUUGUAUCAAAUCUCUGGACAAUUCUGCUGUUCACAUUUGAGCUAUUUGGGAAAAAUGUAUUUUGGCACAGGGCAUUUUCUUUUCAUUCAGUUACGUUACUCAGAAAUGCCAUGACAAUGUAUUUAAGGUGUAUGUUUUUAAAUUUAUGUUGUGUUAAAGGUCAUCUUUCAUUCUGUUACUAGUGGUAUAGCUGUAUAGCUGCUUACAUUUUUUUUUUUUUUAAUCUGGAUGCUCUUCAUCGUAAGUUCCUUGAUACGUGGAAGGAGGUGAUCAGGUUCUAUGAUUCAUGUGACCCUGGCUCUUCAGAAUGAUUCCAUAUAAUUAUUUUCUGUCUUUCUGUUGAUGACCCAGCCCCAUUCAAUUCCAGUACAUGAUGCGCCUUCAUGGCAUAUAGUCAUGAUACUGCUAAAUCAUGAUGUCAGUGAAAGCUAGUCAACACUGUCUGAUAAUGGAACAUGUACAAAGAAACCUCCAUGCCAGUGUCCACACAAUUAAAAAAA